AUUGCUGAGCUGAGCGCGUUGUGAUGAAUGCGUCAAGCGGACCCACUACAUCUUUUCAGCAACGGUUUGAUUAUGAGACGGAAUGGUGGGUCUGCGCGGGUUUAAGCAUACCUUUGGGGAUAUUUUCUUUGUAUAUUGCCGUGGCACAAAUAGCCUACUGCGUGCUGGAACGUACAGGAAGGUCGCAAAAUGACGCUCAAACAAGAAACUCAGAAAGCAGAAACACCGUGAACACGAAGUAUGCAUUUUCUCUCAACAUUCUCUGUGCAACUGGAGCCGUUGGUGCGUUCAUGCGUGCCGGCAUUGAUCUGCGUUUCACGCUAGGAAGAAAUACAGACUUGGGAUGUGAGGCUUCAAUUAAAUAUAAAAUAUUUGGCUAUUCCAUAUCGAUAUUUUCAGUCUACUCCGUUUUGUGGUUACGACAAAGAAUUUUUUAUCAAAACUCACAAUUUAUACAUCUUAGCUCCAAAUUUAUCAAAUUUGCUAGCUGGAGUAUGUCAGUCGUUAUUGUUCUGGGUGUUAGUUCCACGACUAUUCUGUUUGCUGUCGACGGCAGAUACAUCGGAGUCCCGGGUGGGUGUAUUCUCCAGAAUACCAAGUUGGCGACAUUUCGAUGGGUAAUUUUGAUCGCUUGGACCACAUUUUUUCAAGUAUGUUUGCUCUCACUAUUUGUUUACCCUUUGCUAAAACAUCGUCGUACCCGUGCUAUCAAACCUGGAGAUGGGAAGAAGAAUCGAAUCCUCUCAUUAUUGAAAAGGGCCACAUGUACAGCGAGCAUCUGCAUUGCCUCUGAUAUUGGAUUUGCUUUGAUCAUACUGUUCACCAGAAAGGAUACCGUCACAACGACGACUUAUUUAUACGACGUUAACAUUGUCAUAAACACGAUGUGUAUGAUUUUCUCUUUUCCAAAUUGGAGGACAAGGCUAAUGCCAUGGCAUCUUAAACGCGCCACGAAAAAUCAAGAAAGCACUGAAGCAGUUACUGCGCCGCAGAGUCAUUCUUCUGUAGUCUAAAUUUUACUCUGUCGAUAACGAGCUGAUGGAAAUUUCUAACACCAAAUUAUUCUACUUGCUGCACUAUUAUCUAUUAUUACAAAAUGUUACUAUAUUAUUGAUAUGGUAAAUUUUUCUCGUUUUUUCUUUUUACAUUUUGAGGUGGUUUGGUUG